AUGGGUACUACUGAACAAUGCAAUGCAAUGGACAAUCACCAGUUUAUUACUCCUAUGAAAUUGGUUCGAAAUAUGGAUGAUAUGCUCCAAUGGGACAAAUCUGAAGCACAUUUUGAAUAUUUGGGCUUCAUUUAUGCUGUGAAUGAUGCUGUUAAAGGAAAAAGUAAUGCACAAGGAGGAACAAAUGUUUCAGAAGGGAUAAACAAAGUUUUACAGCUUUUAGAUCAGUUGAGCCAGUGGGUUGAUGAUAUUCCAGCCAUACAACAGCCCCAAAGAUUUGGUAAUAUAGCUUUCAGGGAAUGGUACAACAAACUCAAAUCUGAAGCAAUACCCUUGCUUCACCAAGUUCUUCCAGAAAAUUUACACAGAGGAGUCCCAGAAAUCAUGAUAUACUUGGUGGAAGGUUUUGGAAACUCAACCCGUAUUGAUUAUGGGACAGGACAUGAGCUAUCUUUUGUUAUGUUCCUGUGUGCUUUAUUCAAAAUUGGAUAUUUGAAAGAGGAAGAUAUGCCAGCAACUGCUUGUAAAGUCUUUGUGAAAUAUUUAGAAUUAGCAAGAAAACUUCAAGUGACUUAUCGUAUGGAGCCAGCCGGCAGUCAUGGAGUUUGGAGUUUGGAUGACUAUCAAUUUGUGCCAUUCAUUUGGGGAAGUGCACAGUUCAUAGGCAAUCCAAAAUUUGAGCCCACAUCUUUCCUGAAAGACAGCAUAGUGAAUGCAUAUGCACAUGAUUACAUGUUCUUGGCCUGCAUUCAGUACAUCAAUCAAGUCAAGACAGGCCCAUUUGCAGAACAUUCAAAUCAAUUGUGGAGUGUCAGUGGAGUGUCUGGUUGGUCGAAAAUCAACGGGGGCUUGAUCAAAAUGUACAAGGGAGAGGUUCUCAGCAAAUUCCCUCUCGUCCAACACAUUUAUUUCGGGUCAUUGUUCACCCUGAAGUCAUGCGAACUCGGUGCUAGCACCCGCAGGCCCCGUUUAAGCGGGACGGCGCCCCCCAACAUCUUGGCCCCCCCAUCCGGCAAACCGGGCAGCGCCAGCGAAUUCAAGCAACCCGCCUCCAGUACUAAGGCCCUAGCGGAGGAGAAUUCCAUAACAGAGGACAAUUAAGCUCUUUUCUACCAUCAACGAGAGAGUGCCUCUUCCUCUUCAAUUCUACCAAUGUGGCCGCAUUGAUAGAGAGGUCCGAUAAAUAUUUCCUUGUCUAACAUCUACUUUGUGCCACUGAACUAUUUUUCAAUUCAACAGAGUGUCAAAUUUAACGAUAUUAGAGAGUUGAAGUGUUGUCAUGAACGUUAACGUAAACGUAGAAAUUGACAGCUACGCAUGCUCAUUUUCCAAU